CCAUUAUGCUUUCCUUUAUAUAUAAGGAUCCACGGUAAGAAUUACCUUUUAUCCAUGGUAAAAAAAAUGGGCCUAACGUACCCCACUGCUUGCCUUAUAUCGACGGUAGAAAUUACUAUAUAUCCACGGUAAAAUAUACCCUAUAUCCACGGUAAAAUUUACCGUGGACCGUGUGAAUAGAGACUGCCAAAGAUCUAAUCAUUUUAAAUUGUUCCUUCUAAUGAAUCGUUUGUUCGUGUUCCUCCCUAAGACACUGCUGAGGUAAUCGAUAGGUUGAUCCUUUCAAUUGGUUUCCUCUCAAUCGUUAAAAGAGAGGCAUAUACUAUAGCACCAAAUUUUACUACCAGCAGCUAUAGUUCGUGAUUUACUAUGCAGAAGUAUUUUUGGAGCGGAAUCCGUUCCGAAGGCUGUUUAAUAAUAAUUAGUUCAUCGUUGAAUAAUAAUAAUUAUAUUGACGACAAUCAUCGAUGAUUACUAUUCAGCCGUGUGACAGUGUUUCCUCUCAAUGAACUCUAUCGACGGAUAUGUUCAAUUACCGCCCUUUGAACAUUUACAAUAUUGUGCAGCAGUAUACUAUAGUAACGAAUGUAACAAUAUUACAUGAAAAAUCACCAAUAGCGAUUAAUGGAAGAAUUAAUUCAUGGAAGAAUAAUCCCCUUGACGUGUGAGAUUCAUUGAUGAAGCAUUAUGGCGACUCCAUUGGUUUUCUAGAAGAAAACUCCGGGGAAAAUCAGCAGUGAACGAUGAGGGACAUUCUUCGGACAGAGUGAGGUGUCUUUCAACUGGUGGAUCAAUCAACAGGAUUUGGUCCUUAGGCCUAUGGAAAAUUUUUAGACUUCUCUGUUACACCACUGAGUUCCAGGAAAUUAUUAUCUUGUCGGCAUAUUUUUGGUAGAUUCUCUGGAGAUGAAGGUUCUACUUGAGCAGUAGUUUCACUUGACAUUGACUCUGACAUCAGACUCCAUCAGAAUUCCCCAGACCUUCAAUGAAAUCUUUAGGCAUAAACAAACCUAGAGAAUUGUCUCUCAUUGUAGACAUUAUUCAACCGCUUUGAUUGAUCCAGAAGCUUACAAAAUGUUUCAGGAUAGACGUUCAACCCUCAGGAUUACUUCGGGUGAAUGGACAAUUUACAAGCAUCAAUGUCCAGUACGCUGCAGCAUUUUAUAGCAGAACUUGAAUUUUGGUUUGCCCGUGCCUUCAUAGAAUAGUCCAUAAAAUGAACUGAUGAGGUGAUUUUUUUCCGAAUUUUCAAACCGUUUUUAGGGGCAGCACGGGUGAGUCAAAGUUUGACAAGAAUAUCUGACCUACUGGCAGUUCAUAGUCGUAAUGCUUGGUGAAAAGUCGAAUGGUUUUAUGACCUUAGCCAGGUAGCAAAAGUUUCGGUCCGGUGCAAUGAGGACUGAGGGUGAGGAUCUUCCAGGUAUACAUGAAAGCCAUGAAAGAUCUGCCGUCGCCUAUAUAGUCAAACUGAAGAAACUGAUGUAGCCCCGGUUUUCAAAAGUGGGGGACAAGGAUGUGAGUGGGAAUUGAAUAAAGUGGGGGUAACUCUAAGGGCGAUAUUCUCCUCAGUUUUAGUAUACAUUCAACUGAAUUUCGUCUUUUUUCUUGCCGGUUGGAGUCACAUCGAAAUUAAUAUUUUAAGAUUGAUUUUUUUUCUCAAUUUCGCUUUCUUCCUCACUGAUGAAUUCUUCAUCGAGAAAAAUUAGAUUUUUGAUGGAAGUAGGAAAUAAAUUGUGUAUUCCUUGACUUAAAAUUUCUAAAUUUUCAAGGCGAUAAUUAAUUGAAAUACUCAAGCCGAUAAUUCAAGUUCAAAUCUGGUAAUUCGAUAAAUAGUAUUAAAGGAUAAUUUUCUGGAAUUUACGGCAAUUCAUUGAACGAAAAUUUGGCUCCAAAAUUUCACAGAAUUCUCCUCUGAAUGGAAAUUGAUGAGUUCGUGACAUUUACUUGGGCGGUGCACGGGCACACUUUACCUGAAACCUUUCAGACUAAUUUUGAAGCAAUUUAUGAUGCGAGAAUGCUCAUUUCUUGUGCGUUACUCAUCUCUGGGGGGGAAGGGGGAGGGGUAUCUUCGUACUUUGUCUUCCUCAAAAAGGAAUAACUAUUCAUAAUUUUGUCGCCGGCAUUAAGGGUCAGUUGAAGAAAUACUUCUGAACAGACGACAUCGGUGCAACUUUUGCGUUAAAAUCUCCUUCCUUCAAUAAAUAAUAACAAAGAAGUGCGCUCAAAUAUGGCAACAACCCGACAGACUACCGAAAUUGCAUUAGUUGGUAAUGCAACGCCGGAAAUCAAUUGCGUUUGUGGAACCCAAUUGCCUUCGAAUAAGCAGGUUUUGAAAUGCUAUUUUUUCUAUACGAGACAUGCCUCACCACAACUUUCCGGUCAUGAAGCUGCAACAUGUGUUGUGCGAAAGUGUGCAGUUUUUUGGAACUAUGCAGGGAUUCCAAUCGUGAAAGAGUGCCAUGCGAUUGCGAAAAUGGAAAAAUUAGUGAACGAGUACAAGACCAUCCUCAAAUACGGCGCCCGGAAAGGAACAAAUGAUAAUGUUCGGUCGAAGGAGGUCGAUUUUCAAUGUACGUUGAAUGACUUAUUCAAUAUUGCACAUCAAAGCCAAGUCAAUGCUUUGAAAAAUGAAAAUGCUAAAAAUUUACUGGAUCUGCAUGAAGACAAGGAACAACGAGGUUGUUUGGAAGAAAAACUACCAUGGAAACAGGAAUCAUUCGUGAAGAGCUCACUAAAGAGGAAGUAGAAAGAAGCGAGCCAACCAACCAAGUUGAACCAUCCGGAAUUGCUGCAAAUUUAGCCAAUUACGUGUUCGACGACGAUGAAGACCUCCAUGACGUGAUUCAGCUAUUGGAAGACGAUCAGGAUGGAGAUAGCGAUUACCAGGUGACAUCAGCUCCGAAAAAACCCAAAAAACUCAAGAUAGUAAAUGCAGAUCUCACUGCAAUUUUUGAUAGAGCCAAACUCAGCGAUCGUAUGGCCGCACGAGUACUAGCAGCCAUCUUGAUCGCAAUCGGAAUAACCCUGGAAGAGGUUCAUUUGAGUCCUGACACUCUUCGUCGAAAUCGUCGUAAACAACGCAAGUUCCUCGAUUCCAAAAUUAGAGAAAAUUUCAAAGACAGGCCCUCUCAUAUCCUAACGAUUCAUUGGGAUGGCAAACAAUUAUCAGCGCUAGAAGACAAACUGAAAAAAGUCGAUCGACUUCCAGUUCUUGUAACAGGCCAUAGCUGGAAUCAAUUGCUCGGUAUUGCUAGACUCGAGAAAGGAUCCGGGGAAUUACAGGCAAAAGCUGUUUAUGAGUACUUGAAGGAAUGGGGCAUUGUUGAUGAAAUAUGCGCCAUGGUCUUUGAUACUACUGCGAGUAACACAGGAUCCGUAAGUGGCGCUUGUGUCCUGCUUGAAAAAUUCCGUGGGAGAGAUCUCUUGUAUUUAGCGUGUCGCCAUCAUGUCUUUGAACUCCUUCUGAAAACUGCAUUCGAAUCAUUGAUGGAGAGUACGACCGGGCCUGAUGUUUCGAUAUUUAGAAGGUUUCAAGGAUCAUGGAAAAGUAUGAACCAAGAAGAGUUCUCACCCGGAGUGGAAGACAACGUAGUAAAGCAAGCCUUGCAGCAGAACAUGGAAGACGACCUCACUUUCGCUCAAGAACAAUUGAAGAAAGGAAAUAUCCGUAAUGACUACAGAGAAUUUCUGGAAUUGGUGGUAUUGUUCCUGGGUGGAAAGUUGGCAAAAGGUUACCGUUUUCGAGCUCUUGGACCCAUUCAUCAUGCCAGGUGGAUGGCUAAAGCGAUUUAUUCCCUCAAAAUAUUUCUCUUCAGGGAACAAUUUUGUUUGAAGCCAGCAGAGAAGUCAGGCCUAAGAUAUAUGUGUAUUUUCAUCAUACGCCUCUAUCAGAAAGCUUGGUUUACGGCUCCAAAUCCGGUUACAGCUCCCAACAACGACUUGAUUCUGCUAAAAAAUUUGCAAGCAAAUGCGCCUGCCACUAGCGGUCUUCCUCCCGAAGUUUGUAAAGCAGUAUUUGAUAAAUUCUCGAAUCAUCUAUGGUAUUUAUCAGAGGAACUGAUUGCUCUCGCAUUUUUUGACGAAAACGUGAGUAGCGAUUGUAAGAGGAAGAUGUCUCAAGCAAUUAAAUCACGUUCUCCUCUCACUGAUCGUAGGGAGAGAAGACAAUUAGGGAUCAAAGAACAGAAAUCCAUUCAAAAUCUAUCUUUAGACUCUUUUGUAACUCAGAACACUAUGAAAUUUUUUGAGAUCUUGAAAAUUGAUCCCACUUUUCUUGAUAGUGAUCCAACAACAUGGGAGAGGAGAGACGAUUAUAAACAAGCCCUGGAAGUUGUCCGACAUUUACAUGUGACAAACGAUAUUGCUGAAAGAAGCGUAGCUCUCGUAAGUGAAUAUAAUAAUUUGCUUACGAAAGAUGAGAGCAACAAACAGCAAUUGAUGCUGGUUGUUAAGAAAUUGCGAGAAUUAUCACCAGAUUGUACCAAAGAGAGCAUGGGGCGUUCAUUGGAAAAAUUUUUAAGCUCUUUCCCAAUAGACUCCUCAAUCAAUGUUGUUUAAAAUAUUAUAAUUUUUGAAAAAAUUUCCAAAAGUAUUGGUGUGAAUUUGAAGAAAAUAUGCAAUAUUAUGUCUUUUUUUAUAACAAUAUUAUAACUGAAAGAUCUCGUUGUUUUUUGCUGAAUGUACUCAAUUAAAUAACAAUGGCAUAAUUAGUAACAGUUCUGUUGUGAAAAAUACUAAAUCUAUGUGACAAAAAAAAACAAAUAAAAAUGAUGUGCUUCAUUAAAA